AACACUUGCAGUUUUGAAGGGUGAAGCUAGACUAUAAAUAUAACACCCAAAGACUCUGAACAUCUCACUUGAACACUGCAAGAAAAGGCGUUCAACCCUUAAAAGCAUUCAGAGUGAUGGCGCUGAAGUUGUGGCUUUCCUUUCUGUUGUUACAAGUGACCCAUGGCGUCCAGUCUCCUCGUGGCCAAUGGACAGCAAACAUACCAACAAAGAUUACUGUCCUGCAGGGCUCCUGUGUGGUUAUUCCCUGCACCUUCACUUUCCCCAUGCCCACCUCAAAGAAGAUCUUAAACAGGUGGAUAGGAUUCUGGAAAAAGGGGAACAAGGUUGUCUCGACCAAUAUUCCAAAAUGGAAAAUUCCCAAGGAGUACAAAAAACGAACCCAGUUUUUGGGAGAUCUGACGUCUCGCAACUGCACCAUGCUGCUGGAUGGUGUCAGGAUGACUGAUGUUGGCUCUUUCUACUUCAGGAUUGAAAUGCCACAAUACAAACGCUACUCCUACAUACAAAACCCAGUGACCAUUAAUGUUACACGCAAUCCACAGCCUCCAUCUCUGUCUGUGAAGAGGGAUGGUAAAGUGAUUGCUACCUGCUCUGUGACUCACUCCUGCCCGUCUAUUCCCCCUCAACUUUCCUGGAGUCGCAGUGGAAUCGUCAUAAGCCACAUAAAGAAGCUGAAUCAACUGAAGUGGAAAACAGUGUCAACCCUGAUCUUUCAACCUCUGCCUGCUGACUUCAACAAGCCUUUAAAUUGCACAGUGAAAUACAGAGGAGGCAAGCAGGCAAAGAGCUCCACGAUCCUCAAAAUAUGACAUGAGCACAGUAUGCCACCUUAAUAUCUCCUUUCAUUCUGCAUGGUAAAUUAAUUCAUGUCACAUGCUGUAUGUCGUAAAAAUGUCAUAUCUGACAGUUGCUACAUUUGCACGCUUACUGUUAGCACAGAUACUGAGAACUGAUCCUGUCCACUGUGAAAGGAGGGAUGUUACCCUGCUCUCUGGUAUGAUAACAGAGGUACUGUUAGACCAGGAGUGGAUCUACAACAUAUAUACUACUGUUAAUGUCUACACUGUAAAUUAGAAACACAAUGUGACAAGUAAGAAAUAUAGAACAUUUCGCUGCACUCUCUAAUGACCAGAAAUGAGUCAGUUCUCUUUAAUCAAUGUCACUUUCACUUGGUGUGUAAUUAAAGAUCAGAGCAGUUUCAGUUCAGAAAUGCCUCACUGUUUAAGGCUUUUGCUACAAUCUGUAUGAUUUUAUUGUGUUUAAGCAAUAUUUAAAUGCAACUUUUUGCUGUGUUUACUAUGUUUGAUGUGUAUGAUUGUGUGUGAAUACGGUUUCAGUAUGACUUGGUGAUGUGCAAUAAAUGUAGUAGGAGGCAUCUUACCCCACUAGGUAUUCACAGAUUGUACGAUUUACAAAAAUAACAUAAGUGCAUUUGUUUUUUAAUCGUUUAUGAUACAUGUUAAGGUAAAAUGUAAAAAGGACAAGUAUUAAAUAUCAAGGCACUUUAAUGAGUUUUAUCUUUCAAGGGCUUAAACAAAACAAACUGCCAUUAUUUAAUUCAUUCACCAUUUAUACAUCUAAGUACAAAUGUCUAUGAAUAAAUUAUGAAUUAUU